AAUAAACUGAUACAGAAAUUUGGGUGAUUCAUUCAAUUCAAUUCUUCUUCUUCUUCUUCACAAUUUCGGCGGAAAAAUUCGAUGAAGCUGAAAGAGCUAGAAGGUCACCUUGGUUCUCUUGAUCAAUUUUCUAACCCUAAGAUUGAGCUUGAACAAUACCCAACAGGACCUCACAUCGCUUCUCGUAUGCUUUUUCUUGCAGAGAAUUCUUAUGAUGAUGUGAGCAACAAAGUAGUGGCUGACUUUGGAUGUGGUUGUGGUACUUUAGGCAUUGCAGCUGCCCUUUUGAGCGCAGAACAUGUUCUCAGCAUUGACAUUGAUCCAGAAUCUCUUGAAAUAGCAUCUCUUAAUGCUGAGGAACUCGAGCUGGACUUGGAUUUUAUUCAAUCUAAUAUCAUGGACUUGAAAUGGAGAGGUCCAAUUGUCGAUACAGUUGUAAUGAAUCCUCCAUUUGGAACUCGGAAAAAGGGUGCAGAUUUAGAGUUUCUGUCUGCUGCUCUGAAGGUUGCUUCUCAAGCUGUUUAUUCUUUACAUAAAACUUCAACAAGAGAUCAUGUGAAACGGGCAGCCUUAAGGGAUUUCAAUGCUAGGAGUGCUGAAGUUCUAUGUGAGCUUCGGUAUGAUGUGCCGAAAUUGUACAAAUUUCACAAGAAGAAAGAGGUAGAUAUUGCUGUUGAUCUCUGGCGUUUUGUACCUGCAAGUCAUCAGAGCUGAGGCAUCUAGUGCAAGACACAGAUUGCAAUAUAGAUGAUAACAUUGAAAAUUAGAGAUGAAAUUUUGUUAUGUACCUAUAUAAGAAAGAUAUUAUGUGUUUUUCUUCUCUCUGUUACAAUCUCUUGAUAGACUUGGGUGAUUUCUCUUCAAUAACUUGUUAGUAUGAUAUGAUAGUAGUCAGAGUAUGAACUUUGGACUUGGUAACAUGUCGAUAUCAGUAGUAAUUUAAAAAAAUUGAAUAAAUCAAACAUAA